UUCGUGUAUCAUCAGAAAAAUAAAACUAUAUUAACAAGUAUGUAAAAAGUUAUUAUCGUGCAAUUACUAUAUACUUUAUUGCUUAAUUAUCAAUCAUGCCGAUUUAUUGAGAGUUGAGGAUCUUGGGGCUGAGAUAGAAAUUUUAUCCGAUCCUGAGAGGCUCCUCUUCGAUGCGCUCUCUAUGCUAAUUGUGAUAACAGAUAACAAUAUACAUAUACGGCACUAUAACGUUAUUAUCGUGUGACAUUAUAAUAUGAACCAAUUAAAAAUAUUGUUUACAUAAAUUACACUGUAUAAAAACUUCGUUUUUUAAAUCGAAAAUAUUACUUAAAAAAUGCUGAAUUUGAGGAUAGCGUUUAUUAAUAUACCUCCAACAGUUAAAGUAAUUACAUUAAUAAUUAUUAUUCUGUCAGGACUCGGAACAAUACAAAGAAUAAAACAAUGGCAAGACAAUGGAGGGGAAAAUGAAGGAAAAGAACCUACUCUUCCUUCCAAUAUUUUACCUGACAUGGCACUGGUACCAGGAUACGCGCUUCGGAAAUUUUGGACGUUUUUAACAGCAGGAUUCCUAGAAACUAAUUUAUCGGGAUUUGUAGGAAGUAUUCUUAUAAUACUAGUGAAUGGAAAAUAUUUAGAAAGAGCAUGGGGAUCAAGAGAUUUUUUAAAGUUUAUAGGUAUCGUUAUAAUUGGAGCUAAUAUAUGUGCUUUUUUAACAUAUUUAUGUGAAUAUACUAUCACAGGGGAUACAUUUUACUUAUAUGAUGUACAAGUAAAUGGAAUGAUUGGAUUAAUUGGUGGAUUUUUAGUAGGGUUAAAACAACUAAUACCGGAACAUUUAGUUAGACUGACAUUUUGUAGAGUAAAACAUAUACCAAGUUUAUUUUUAUUAUUAAGUUUCGUUUGUUUUGUAUUAUUUGAAUCACAAUCACAAUUUCUUUUAGUACUUUAUGGUAGUUUUAUUUCUUGGAUUCAUUUAAGAUUUUAUAAAUAUCAAGAUGGUUUACGUGGAGAUCGUAGUGAGACUUUUUCUUUUGCCAGUUUCUUCCCUGAAUUUAUUCAACCUGCCAUCAAACUUAUUUCUACUAUGGUAUUUAAUAUUUUAGUAAUGUUAAAAUGUUGUAAACCAAUACAGAAAAGGAGAUUUGCUAUGGAUUUAGAAAGCCUUCCAACAAGUUUAGCACCUGCUAUGCCAGGUAGUGCAAGAGCCGAAGCCGAAAGAAGAAGAGCAUUAGCAUUAAAAGCAUUGGAUGCAAGAUUACACAAUAAGCCAAACUAUUAUCCAACAUCACCACCACCAUUUACAACAUCACCAUCAUCAUAUACUACUAUUUCGCCACCAAAUUCUUCUACUAAUUUUAAUAAUAACACAGACAAAAAUUCUUCAGAUAAUAAAUCAACAAAUAAUAUUUUAUUUGAUGCGAAAGAUCAUUUGAAACAAGAUUCAUAAAAAAGAUAAUUUUUAAAAAAAAUUUAAAUUUGAUUUACUACUAAAAUAAUAUAUCUACACAUCUGCAAACAAAAACAUUUAACAUUAUUCAAUUUUAUAAAAAAAUAUAUAUACAUCCUUUCUUUUAAUAAUAAUCUAAGUAUACAUUAUAUACUGAUUUGGAUGGGAAAAGAGUAACGAACUG